CCCCCCGCGUAGCUUGAUCUCCGGGAUGGAGGCGGCGCUAGUGGAGCGGCUGGAGGCGGCGGUGGCGCGGCUGGAGGCCGCCGUGGCCUCCGGCGCCUCGAUCGCGUCGGCGGCGCCGCGCGACCUCGACGCUCCGGAUGCCCAGUCGGAUCCGGCCAUCGUGGCCUACGACGAGUUCGUCGCGGAGGCCGUCGGGCGGCUCACGGCCGCGGCGGAGAAGAUCGGCGGGAAGGUGCUGGACGCCACCAAGGUGCUCGCCGAGGCAUUUGCCGUCGCCAAGGACCUGCUCGUACAGGCCAAGCAGCUCCAGAAACCAGCAUCAAUGGCUGAUGCACAGGGCUUCGUUAAGCCCCUCAGUGAUGUUAUUGCAAAAGCAACUGCAAUGACCGAAGGAAGGCGACCAGACUAUUUCAACCAUUUAAAGAGUGUUGCUGACAGUCUCCCAGCUUUGGCUUGGGUGGCAUUCUUAGGAAAGGACUGUGGUAUGAGUUUCCCAACAGCACAUGUAGAGGAAAGCUGGCAGAUGGCUGAGUUCUACAAUAACAAGGUUCUUGUGGAGUACAGAAACAAAGAUCCUGAUCAUGUUGAGUGGGCUAAAGCAUUGAAGGAUCUAUACAUGCCCGGUUUGCGGGAUUAUGUUAAAAAGCAUUACCCUCUUGGUCCUGUCUGGGGUCCUGCUGGAGGUGCUGUUGUUUCCCAACCAAAGGCUGCUGCUCCAACACCUAAAGCUCCAGCGGUUAAGGCUCCCCCUCCACCAGCUCCUCCUGCCGCGCCUCUUUUUAGCACAGAGAAGUCUCCGAAAUCUUCAAAGCCUAAAGAAGGGAUGUCUGCUGUCUUCCAAGAGAUUAGUACAAAACCUGUGACUGCAGGGUUGCGAAAGGUUACCGAUGAUAUGAAGACUAAAAACCGUGCUGAUAGAAGCGGUGUUGUCAGCAGUAGUGUUGCUGCUCCUGCUGCAGCUCCUGAAAAGACUUCUCGUGCGGGGUCCUUCUCUUUCAAAUCUGGACCCCCCAAACUGGAACUUCAGAUGGGACGCAAAUGGGUGGUUGAGAAUCAGGUUGGCAAGAAGACCCUUGCUAUUGAUGAUUGUGAUUCCAGACAAUCUGUUUAUGUGUAUGGAUGCAAGGAUUCUGUCCUUCAAGUAAACGGCAAGGUUAACAAUAUCACUGUUGACAAAUGCACUAAAUUUGGAAUCGUUUUCAAGGAUGUUGUAGCAGCUUUUGAGGUUGUCAACUGCAAUGGCGUUGAGGUCCAAUGUCAGGGUACGGCACCGACAAUAUCAAUUGACAACACAUCUGGAUGUCAAUUAUACUUAAGCAAAGAUUCGUUGGGAGCUUCAAUUACUUCUGCUAAAUCUAGUGAAAUCAAUGUGAUGGUUCCAAGUGGUGGCACUGACGGUGAUUGGGUGGAGCAUGCAUUGCCUCAGCAGUACAUCCAUAGUUUCAAGGAUGGGCAAUUCACCACUUCACCAGUUUCACACUCGGGAGCGUAAAUACAAUUGUUACUGUUGUGUGUGUUUGUUUGACUCGCCUUUGCCUUGUUUUUCAAGAUGAUGGUAUGCCGAGUUUGUAACAGUUUUGGGUCUUGCAGCACUGGACUCGGUCUGCGAUUGUUGUUUUUGUUGCCCUUGCUCAGUGCGCGGUGUGUAUGUUCUGCAUGCGCGUGGUUCCAUUUGGUUGGUGUAUUUGUGUGCCAACAAACCACUAUACGUGGUGUGUAUGUCUUUAGCUGAUCAUUCUUUGACACUGAAUCUCACUAUAUUUGAAUUGAUGUGGACGCUUGCUUUUU